UCUGUAGAUGAGCUCUAACUCUGUGGUGCUGCGGCCGCAGUAGAGCCUGAAAACUGAUAAAACAGCAUGAGGUGUUCAAUCUGGGCGGAUAAAACUUGUCAUAGUUAUAGAUGAUCUAAACGGGGCAUUAGAUUUGAUAUUUAGGCUGAAGCGAGUGGACUGACAAGCUGAGAAAUAAAACAUGACAGCCAACGAGGAGCAGGAGAUGGAGUUGGAAGCUCUGCGUUCAAUUUAUGAAGGGGACGAUUGCUUCAAAGAGCUGAGUCCUGUCUCCUUCCAGUUCAGGAUAGGAGACCUUAAUGAGUCAAAAUCAUUCCUGUUGGACGUCUCAUGGCCAGAGACGUAUCCUGAAACUGAGCCUCAUAUAUCCUUAGAUGCCUUUUUCAACAACAGAAUCUCUCCAGAGACCAAGCAGUUAAUAAUCAGCAAGAUGCACGAGCAGGUGGAGGCGAACCUGGGCAGUGCCAUGAUGUACACUCUGUUCGAGUGGGCCAAAGAAAACCAGGAGAUGCUGAUGGAGAAUCACCAGCCCGUCAUGUCUGCUGUGACCCUGGCUUCUAACAGCGAUGUCAACAGUCCAGUCUCCGUCAGUAAGAAAAAGGAGAAAAAAGAACAACUCACGAAGGCACAGAAAAGGAAAAUGAUCGGAAGAACUGAUAAAGGUGAACUGCCCCGAGGCUGGAACUGGGUGGACGUUAUCAAGCACGUGAGUAUGUUUUAAUUUUUUUUGGAACAAAUAUGUAAUAGUGUUAGCGUUUCUCCAUGCUUUCACACCUCUGUUGUCCAUCCCACGUGUUUAAUGACUAAUUUCUAUGACAGCUGAGCAAAACGGGAGGAAAAGAGGACGGCUAAAGAAACGACUCUUGAGCAUCACGUGUUGAAGGAGAGACAGAUUUACUGACGGACUGAUUGAGAAGAAAAGUCUACCAUGACUUGAUUUUAAAGAGAGUUGAAAUGAACCAUGAUUUGGAUGAACUGAUGAAGCUGCUGUUUGUUUGUGUGCGACGCUGAGGCACAUGACAAGAGCAUAAAAUAUCUUCUGCCAAAAUAAUACCUCCUUCUAGAUUCACAGAUGUGACUGUAACAGCGAGCACAUGCUGUGUAAACAACAAGAGCAUAAUGAAUUGUCUCAAAGUGUGUGCUGAGGGCAGACCGGGCCCCGUCUCUUCACAUUAAGGGCCUUUAUUGACCCAGUCCCUGGGUGCAUGUUGAUUUAAGCAGCCGAUUGAUUUUUGUAUUGAACAGUGUGUGUAAAAAGUGGCAAUGUUGACAGCUUAGGGAGCAUUGUGGUUUGAUCAAGUGAAUCUUGGUUUGCAUUUGUACCAGUUUUUAGCCUGUUUUUUUUUUUUUCCCCUUUCAGUUAUUUAUUGUGCAUAUUUUUGACACAAUAUAAAAAUCUUUUGGAAGGUUUAA